CGGGGCCAAGUCUUAAAGGGUCCGAGCCCUGAACGAGACCGGGAGUGGCCGUGACGGCCGGGAAAGCCGGGGGCUUGAUGCCACGUGGGCCCAUAUGGGUUCUUUUUCAGCCUCUCUAAUGCCCUUUCCCUAGCCACAGGCCCAUGGAGCCCACGAGGGACUAUCCACUGUUCGGGGGCGCCUUUUCCGCCAUCCUCCCCCCAGGGGCCAUUGAUGUGAGCGACCUCCGACCGGUCCCGGACAAUCAAGAAGUCUUCUGCCAUCCCGUGACCGACCAGAGCCUGAUCGUGGAACUUCUCGAGCUCCAGGCCCACGUGCGCGGCGAAGCGGCUGCGCGGUACCACUUUGAGGACGUUGGCGGGGUACAGGGGGCUAGGGCCCAGCAAGUAGACUCUGUGCAGACCCUCAGUUCGGAGAGCCUGGCCCUGCGCACCUACUGUCCAGAAGCCUGGGUGCUCUCAGGCAAGCAGCAGGUGGCUAAGGAAAACCAGCAGGUAGCAAAGAAUGUGACGGUGCACCAGGCCUUGCUGCGGCUGCCCCAGUACCAGACUGACCUCCUGCUCACCUUCAAUCAGCCCCCCCCUGACAAUAGGUCAUCUCUUGGCCCUGGAAAUCUGUCACCUCCACCCUGGAGCCUGGGUGACUUUGAACAGCUGGUGACCAGCCUGAACCUUCACGAUCCCAACAUCUUUGGGCCGCAGUAACGAUGUUGGGGGCACUGUGUGAGGCUGCUGAGGACCUGGGGACCCCGUUCUGGGAGGCAUAGGAAACGAGGCUGAAUAUCUGGGUUUCCUCCUCUUCCUUCCCUGUGUGUGAACACAAGACACCUCCUCUCUGCAGAAAUAAACUUGCUUUAUAACCAAUAUAA